AUGGAUAGAGUCCUCUCUUGGAAUGUCAGAGGUCUCAAUCUAAUCCAGAAACAAGAUAUUGUGAGGCAACUCAUUCACAAGUAUCAUGUUGGAUUGGUUGGGCUUCUGGAGCACAAGGUAAAGACUGCCAAUCUAGGUAAGCUUUACCAGAGAAUGUUUAGUACUUGGUGUUUUACAAGCAAUGCUAGCUACCAUGAUGGAGGGAGGAUCAUUGUGGCAUGGAAUCCCAAUAGUUUCAUAGUGACCAUUAUUGUUGUAACCAGUCAAUUUGUUCACUGUUCUGUUACUCCAGUGGGAAGUACAACUAAAUUUUUAUGUACUUUCAUAUAUGCAUUCAAUGAAAAUAAUGCUAGAGAGGAGUUGUGGAGAGAUUUGAGGCACCUGAAUACUCAUGAUCCAUGGGUGCUAUGUGGGGAUUUCAACUGUGUCAUGGCUUUGGAUGAAAGAAUUGGUGCUCCAGUGAGGACUAGUGAGAUCACUUCUAUGUGUGAUUGUAUGCAGUAUUGUGGCAUGGAGGAUGUUAAGAGUGUAGGCAAUUUGUACACUUGGAACAACAAGCAACAAGGAAUGGCUAGAGUAUUUUCAAAAAUUGACAGAAUCAUGGCUAAUACUGGUUGGCAGAAUGAGUAUGGGUCUGCAGAAGCUUGUUUCAUGAAUGAAGGUUCUUUUGAUCAUUCUCCAGGUCUCCUUACAGUGUAUCCUAGGAAUUCAGGAGGGAAGAAACCCUUCAAAUAUUUUACAAUGUGGAGAAAUGCUCUGGAUUUUAAUACAAUUGUCCAAGAACAAUGGAACACCCAGAUUCAAGGAAGUAAGAUGUUCACUGUUGUAACAAAACUGAAAAAAGUAAAAGCAGCUUUGAAGGAGCUGAAUAGAGCUGGAUUUAGUGAUGUUCAUGCUGCUGAUCUUAAAGCUCACCAUGAAAUGAUUGCAGCUCAGAAUGCAAUGCAUUUAAAUCCAACUGAUCAAGCUUUAGCUGAUGCAGAAUUACAAGCUGUGCAGGAGUACAGAACAAAACACAAAGCUUAUCUGGAAUUUCUGAGGCAGAAAGCAAAACUAGAAUGGCUCAAAGCAGGUGAUGAAAACACAGCAUUGUUUCAUCAGAGUAUCAGAAGUAGAAACACUCAUAACCAGAUUUACAGCAUACAUGACAUGAAUGGGGUUUGGACUGACACUGCAGAUGGUGUUUCUAAAGCCUUCUUGGAUUUUUAUUCCACUUUGUUGGGUAGCACUCAUUCUAAUAGAACUGAUGUUCUCAGUCAGAUUGUUCAAGCAGGUCCAAUGGUUACAGAUCAACACAAGCAGAUUUUGAAUGCUCCUUACACUUAUGAUGAAGUUAAGAAAGCUUUGUUUUCAAUUCCUGGUAUUAAGGCUCGGGCUUUGGGACCUUCUUCUAUAGAGACACAUGGAACAUUGUGGGAGAGGAUGUAA